AUGUCAACAGCUGUCGAGUCUGCCAAGGCGUUCAACCGUGUAGACCAAGUCGAGACUGCCUCGACUAAGCUCCAGGAUGAGCUCAGUCAUGCCAGCAAUGUCCCCAUCGGACAUGUUCCAGAGACGCCUGAGGAGAAAGCCAAGAACAAGGCUCUAAACCGGAAGAUGGACGUUGCAUUACUCCCGUUCCUCUCAUUGCUUUACCUGUUUAACGGCUUGGAUCGCUCGAACGUGGGAAAUGCAGAAACACAAGGCUUCACUCGCGACAUUGGUGUUCGUCCUGACGAUCUCAAUUCGGCCGUCAGCUUGUUCUUUGUUACUUUCGUGACGUUUCAGCCCGUCUCAGCUGCUAUGGGAAGGUUGCUAGGUGCCAAAAACUGGAUCCCGAUCAUCAUGAUGGGCUGGGGUGCUUUGACAAUCGCGCAGGCAUGGACGAAUAACAAAGCGACGCUCAUUGCCAUUCGACUUCUGAUCGGCGCUUUUGAGGCUGGUUUCUAUCCAACAGCGGUUGCGUACCUCUCAACAUGGUACCCAAGGUACUCACUCGCUGUCCGCAUCGCGUUGUUCUAUGGGCAGUACGCCGUGGCUGGAGCUUUUGGAGGAUCGAUAGCGUUUGGUAUAUUCCACAUCCGAGGCGGGCCACUGAGCAAUUGGCAGUGGCUGUUCGUCAUUGAAGGCAUUGCGACCUGUCUAUUGGCCAUAGUUUCUUGGUUUUGGUUGCCCAUGGGUCCGGGGUCGGCUUGGUUCCUGAAUGCAUCCGACAGAGCUAUGGCCGUCGACCGGAUUCGCAAAGACAACGAGAUGUACAUCCAACAUGUCUACGAGGAGAGUGGCGUGGAGAAAGAACGUCUGACGAGGCGGGACUGGGUGGAGACUGGUAAGGAUUGGAAGUUGUGGUACGUGCUGUUCUUCAACAUACUCGCAAGCGUUCCUGGGCAGGCAUUCAGCAUCUUCCUGCCGCUCGUCGUCCGCGGUUUAGGAUACUCGUCGAUCGAGGCCAACCUGAUGUCGGUUCCGCCUUAUAUUUGUGGAGCUGUGGGUCUAUAUCUCUUUGCCUGGAGCUCUGAUCACCACCGCGAGCGUGGCUACCACAUCUUGGGAGGAUUGCUUAUCGCACUCGUCGGCUUGAUCAUCACGGUCACAGUGCAGACCAAUGGUGGGAAGUAUGCAGGACUGUGCAUCCUGCUCUUCGGGAGCUAUGUAUCCGCACCCCUGACUGUGGCCUGGCUUUCAGGGAACACACCAGAGCCAGGGAAGCGUGCACUGGUCCUCGGUGUGAAUGGCUUUGGCAACCUUGGCGGCGUCAUUGGAGCGCAGGUCUACCGAGCGUCAUACGCUCCGACUUAUCUGAUACCAUUUUACGUGACCCUCGCAUUCCUCGCCGUUGCCCUCAUUGGCUACGUCGCGUACCGCUUUACGUUGCAAGCAGUAAACAAACGGCGGAAAGCGCAGCUGAGCAGGAUGACUCCGGAGCAGGUGGCGUUGGAACGCACGUCGGACAAGCGCUACGCUGACAAAAAGUACACGUUCAUGUACGGUCUCUGA